GAGAGAGAGAGAGAGAGAGAGAGAGAGAGAGACUGGAGCGGCUCGGAGCGUCUUAUUACCGAUCAUAACCUCUUAAUAACACACUGUGCAGCUUUCUAUUCCAUCUGUUCACCUGAUUCACUUUUGUUAGAAAAUGAGUUCGAACAGCAGCUGGUCUGCAGAAGAGGAUCAGUCCUCAAAACUCAUGAGGAAGGCAAAAGAGUCUCCGUUUGUCCCUAUAGGAAUGGCGGGAUUCCUCGGAGUCGUAGCGUACGGAUUGUACAAACUAAAAUCUCGUGGAGAUACGAAGAUGUCUGUGCAUCUGAUCCACAUGAGGGUCAGGGCUCAGGGCUUCGUGGUCGGCGCCAUGACGCUCGGUGUGAUUUACUCGAUGUAUAAGGAAUAUCUGGCUCCCGGAGAGAAGUGAAGCUGCAGCUCCACAUUUACACUCGUUUAUUUCAUCCCUUUAUUUAUUUAUUUCACCAUUUAAUCUAAUUUCAGCACUACAACAAUCACACAGAUAAUAAUAUAAAACACACACAGAAACAUAUUAAUUCUAUAAUUUAUUCAUGUUUAGAUUUGAAAGAAUUACAGAAGCUCCAGAAGUUUGAAUUGAAGUCUGUGGAUUUAAGAAAUAUUUUAUUUGUAUAAAUAUAAAAAAAUAUACAUGAACAUAAAUUAAACUUCAGUCAUAUUUCACUGUGAGAUCUCACACACACACACACACACACACACACACACACACCAACUCACACUUUCACACACCA